AUGCCCAACACCCCCCUCCUCCUCCUCUCAUUCCUCUCCAUAGCAAUAUACCUCCUCACCCCUCGUCCUCGUCCCCGUCCUCGUCCAUACCCCCCACCACUCAAGCAGACAGAAAGCCUACAAGAUUCCGUCUUCGAUAUGUUGCUCGCGCGUGAUCUACCACAUAAAACUAGUGGAGCAGAAAGUGUGCACAGCAACAAUGAAGACGUAGACCAAGCGCAAGACCAGGGACAGAGAAUAGAUGUACCACGUAGGACGAGUAUCCGAUGGACCGACGACAGUAACAGCGAGCUAGGAGAGACUAUGCACGUGCGCGUAAACGGUGAUGACGACAUACGGGAUCUAUUAUAUGAUAGUUUGAGUGGAGUUCGUUCUUCGGGUUUGAAUGGGAAUGGGAGUGCGCGUACGGCUUCUCCACCGCCACCUCGCACACUUCAUUCUCCCUUUAUCUAUUCCCCCAGUCCCUCCUCCAGCCCUUCCCCCGGCCAAAUCCACAACGCACGUAUAUUCUUCUCCCCCCAAACCCUCCCCCCACUCACCCCCCUCCUCCUCACCCUCCAGCACACCACGCCCCCCCUCGACCCUUGCGCAAUCCGGUCCAUCCUGCGGCAACACAUUAUAGACAGCGGUUUGGCGUUUGCUGAUGCAGCGUUUAGUGUGCCUAUUAACCGGGAUGGACGUGUGAGUGUCCAGCGUGGGGAAGGAGAUAGGGGAGGACAGGCUUUGAUUGGGGAAAGCGCGGGGUGGUGGGAUGAGGUGAGGGAGUGGGAGUGUGAUGUGUUGAGGGGAGAUAGUGGAGAAGAAGAAAGGGGGGAGGUGGGGGUUUGGAGUUUAGCUGGUGCUGGCGAUGGCGAUGGUGAUGGUGAUGGUGCUGGUACUACUAUACCGCACGACGGUAACGCCACUACUGUCGUACAUGCCGCUGGGGAGAUACAGAGCAAUGGAGUGGUGGGUGGCCCGGCAACAAUACCAGUAGAGACAGCGAGACUAAGACGAAGGUCUGCGAUCCAAGAUCUAGGAAGGGAGUUUUGGAUGCAAGAUGAGUAUCAACACGCACACGUAAAUGGCGUAAAUGGGAUCGAUGGCGGUGAGACGGGUACGCAUAGGGACACGGAUACGGGGGUUGAUACGGAAGUAGGUGCAGAAGUGGAAGUGGAAGUGGAGGAUGGGUGGUGGCGGAUCAGACAAGGCGAUGGAAGCAGUAGUAGUAGUAUAGCGUAG